AAAAAAAAAAAAAAAAAAUAUGCAUGCAUGCAUGCCCCCCUACACUCCAUCUGCUUUCUUUCAAUUCACACGCUUCGCUUCUCUCUCAGCUCUUCUCUCCUUUCUUCACACUCCCACCUUUCCGUCUUUGCAUCUUCAAGGAUUUCGAAAAUGAAACUCGAUGACCGUUUGCAUAUUAUCUUGACUACGAUGGCCACCCAUAACCUCACCUUGGGCAAAUUUUUGAAGGCGUGCUUUGCAUCGAAGGACCCAAGAGUGCAGUUCAAGAUAUCGCGUUUUCUCGACAGCACUGGCCCAGCAGGACUCGUGCAGGCCUUAUCGGAAGGAGUUACGGAACCCAGGCCAGUCGCGGCUGUCAUGGAGUCAGCUAUCAAUCUUGUCGUCAAACAUUGCACGGCCGAACUCGAUAGUGCUCGUUCGAGUCGCAGCUUGCAUCUCCCCUCAACCUCCAUCACCGCAGCCAGCGCGACAGGAUUUGAGCUUACCACCUUCAGCAAACGCAUCCAACGAGCCGCCCCUUUUCUUUUUCGACUACUGAUCGGCUUGGCGAGCAUCAAUACAGCUACCACUCGGUCAGUUCCAACAGUCAUCACGGUCAUGUCCAGCAUGUUUCUAUUUCUUCGCAACCAGCAUUGUAAUUACUUUCAGAUGAUCAUGGGGCUCUACAUGUUCAGUAAAGGUGCGUCACGACUACUCAUCAACCUAUUUUCAAGGGCUGCCCUAUCGGUCUCGUACUCAACCAUUUUAACCGGCCUCAGGUCCUUAACAACGGACGCCUCCAAAAAAGUUCAAGCGGCAGUCAAAGAGAAGGAUUGGUAUGUCGUCUACGACAACAUCAACAUCGCUUUCCGUAGGUCAGACCAGCGACUCCUGAAUACAGAUACUUUCGAGAAUGGAGCGUUGGCGACCAUCAUCAUUUGCGAUACUCACUGCGAGCCCGAUCUUGACGACAACCCCGCUCGACACCUUACCCUGGACCACCUCAUUCCCCACGCGGAUAAUGAAGAUCAUCUCAGGCUGGUUUUUCGGCACCAUCUGACUAAGGUGCUUAAUCGACGCAUUCCGGCGCUUGAUUCGCGCCCCGAAUGCGUGAUGCCUGCCCCCACGAAAAGGCUGCUUCCAUAUAAUGCAACAACCACUUUUCCUUUGCCUUCAAUGAACAUUGAUCAGUCUUCCAUCCAAGGGAAUCAAGAGAUCCUCAAUGCUAUCAUGGAGAGCGCACUGGAGUUACCGCCAGAGUGGUUCAAUAACCGGAGACUCAUUCUCGCAGGAGACCAACUAACUGUCAGCCGACUUCGAUCGUUAAAACAGUUGCGCUGGGAUGACGUCUCUACAUACCAUCGACUGGAUUGGGCGAUCCCAGUGAUGCAGCUCUUUCAUAUGCAGAUGCUUUUAGCCUCGACCAUCCUUCGGACUCAUUAUGGCUCUAUGUCUGCACCCGGAUCCUUGGCGUACAAUGCGGUAAUGCUUGGAAGGAAACGAGUCAAUUUGGACAAGCCCGACUUUCACGCCACAGAUGAGCUCCUCCGACACACUUUUGACGGCAUAGUUUUGCGGCUCUGGGAGAUAGAGAUGGGGCAUGAUGAUAUAGAAUCGUUUGCAUUCGAAGGGAGUGCUGACGAGCUCAAGGACUUCGUUGAUCGUAAGGUCACUAUCAUCCUGGAGAGGUAUUUUACCACAGUAAACUUGGACCAGCUUAACGGCACAGCCUCCAGGAACGCUGCCUUAUUUCUGCGAGACAUGAUGGUCUACAUGGAAUUAUCGUCUGCCAUCAAAUGUGGCGAUAUUGGGCGCAUUGAGGAGAGCAUUCGAUGGAUCACAAUCAUUUUUCAGGCUGGCUCAACCAUGAACUAUGCCAACGAACUUCUUCACUUUCACUGCGGUCUAUUCCAUUCCUGGUCUGAGCAGACAAAGCUCGCUGUGAUGUCCUCGUUGCUGGUGAACACGUCAGGCCAGAAGGAUAGGUUUCUGCCAGCGGAUCUUUUCCAGGAGCACAUGAACCUCCAGGUAAAGACCAUUCACGCCGCUAAAGGAAGCAACGCCAGCUGGGAGUUUAUCGCGAAAGCCGUGUCGACCAAUGUUGGCGUGUUUGCUUCUAUCGAGAGAACGUUGGAGACGCAGUUCGAGGUCCCCAAGAGUGGGAGCAAACACGCACAAGUAUCUGCGGCAGCAGACAUCCGGAGCAUCAUCUCAUCACUCAAGGCAACCGCCAUUCUGAUGAGGGAUAUACCCCUAUCUCAUGAAUGUCACAAGGACCUGACUCCAGUGACAGAUUUGUUUGUAAAGGGUAUUGUCAAGCUGUCAGAGGGGAAGCGCCUUCAAUCAUUCCUUGCCGCCCAUGCCCGAAAUCAUAGCCGCCCCACAGAACCGAUGGAUAUUGCUGUCGACAUGGAUAAGGCUUCACUUUUUGCCGGUUCAGGAUCUGACGUGAAUAUGACUGGAGAAGCAAGGCAGUAUCAAUGCGACGACCAUGACGAGUGUGCCAUAGAACACUAUUUACAUGACAAUAACAUGGGACCGGCGCAGGAACUAGUCUUUGACAUUGAUGUGUAUCUGGGAGAAUUAGAAUGAGAUCGUUAG